AUGGCGGGAACGAAAACUAUCGUAUUCCUACUGUUUGCUUCCUUCAUUGCCAUUGCUUCUGCUGGAAACUUCUACAAAGAUUUUGACAUUACUUGGGGCGAUGGACGCGGUAAAAUUAUCAACAAUGGCCAGUUGCUUACCCUGUCCCUUGAUAAGACCUCUGGCUCUGGCUUCCAGUCUAAGAACGAAUAUCUUUUUGGCAAGAUUGACAUGCAGCUCAAGCUCGUACGAGGCAACUCUGCCGGAACUGUCACUGCUUACUAUUUAUCAUCACAAGGAGCAUCCCAUGAUGAGAUAGACUUUGAGUUUUUGGGGAAUGUAAGUGGUCAACCUUACACUCUUCACACCAAUGUUUUCAGCCAAGGCAAAGGUGGCCGUGAGCAACAAUUUCGCCUUUGGUUCGACCCAACUACCGACUUCCACACUUAUUCCAUCCUCUGGAAUCCUCAACGAAUCAUAUUUUCAGUAGAUGGCACUCCUAUCAGAGAAUUCAAGAAUUCUGAAUAUAUGGGUAUCCCUUUUCCAAAGAAUCAACCAAUGAGGAUAUACUCGAGUCUAUGGAACGCCGAUGACUGGGCAACACAAGGCGGGAGGGUGAAAACAGACUGGUCUAAAGCACCGUUCACUGCAUCGUACAGGAACUUCAAUGCCAAUGCUUGUGUUUGGUCUAAAGGAAAAUCGUCUUGCAAAUCGAGCUCAGUUGCCUCGAAGAUUAAUCCCUGGUUUACACAAGAGAUGGAUAGUACUUCUCAGGCAAGGAUGAAAUGGGUGCAAAAGAAUUAUAUGAUCUACAAUUAUUGCACUGAUAGGCAAAGGUUUCCUCAAGGCCUUCCUAAAGAGUGCAGAGUCAACUAGUUGAUAUUAUACAGAGAUGAGUUAGAACAAGGGUUUUUAUAUGACUUUCCGGAUAUACUUAUUCUUUCAUUGAUUAGUUUGGUAUUAAUAGUUUCUUAUGAACAGAUUCUAUGAAAUCUUUUCCAUUGUAACAUAUGAUAAUAGUAAAGAUCCAAUGAAAUAAAGAGGUUAAAUUAUCUGAUGA